UUUUUAUGUACCUUAUCAAAACACCUCAAUGAUUAUGUGACCUAAAGUAUUAAAUAUCAAUUCCAGUCAUGUCUAAACAAGUGUCUUCACUUUAAUAUUUAUGUUUAUAAUGAAAGAUAGUUGAUAUCCUGACGAAAUAAAGAUAAGGGGAUAUAAACCCGGUUUAAACUAUGUUAUGUUUUAUUGUAGAUGUGUUUUAUAGAAUAGAGAAUGAAAACCACAUGUCAUGUAAUAUUGUUUAUUUACUGUUUUGUUUAUAUUGAUUCAUUGAAAUUUGUACAGCAGAAACAGGAUUAUAUUAUUCAGAUACAAACACAGUGGAUAGAUUCGGUGAAAUCGGAAUCCCAUCUGUUUGGACUAGCAUUCAAAAGAAAGCUUGUGUCAAAUGUAUUCUUGUUUGAAGCGAAUCUUUCUACCGGGGCGGGCAAAUCUGCUGACAUUAAAGGUUUCAAGAAACAUUUCGGGAAUAAGAUUGAACAUGCAGAAAGGCGGGCAAAAGUGAUUGUUAAAUAUCACACGUGGAGAAAUCAAAGUAGCGAAAAACAAACGCUUGAACGAUGGUUUCUUAAACCAAUCAAGUAUGAAAACAAAAAGCAGUGCUGGCCGUACUAUGGAAUGGACAUCCAGGAAGCAUGGUCACUGGGCUACACAGGACUUGGCGUCAAUGUUGCUAUUGUAGAUAUUGGAGUAGCUGUUGACCACCCGGACUUAAAACGAAACAUUGAUUUGAAUCUUUCGUACAGUUUUGUGGACAAAAAUUACAGCUUUGUUAGUCCUGACCGUUUUAGAGACUACAUGGAAACCGAGGAAGUAACAAGUCAUGGAACAAUGGCGGCUGGACUUAUUGGUGCGGAAUUUGGUAAUCAAAUAUGUUCUGCUGGAGUUGCAUUUAAUGCAAAGUUGGCAGCUCUAAAAGUGUUCCAAAUAAACAAGCAUUACAUCAGUUUGGCAAUAAAAGAGGGAUUUCCAUUUUCAAUAGUUAAUGUCCCUUCUGCACUUGAAUACAAACGACAAGACAUAGAUAUUUACUCUUGUAGUUUCAAUCUCCAUAAUAAAUACAAAUCGGCAACCCCAGAUAUGAAGACAGCGUUACAGGAAGGAGUUCUAAAGGGCAGAGCGGGUAAGGGGAGCAUUUUUGUAUUUUCUGCAGGAAAUAAAAAAGGUCCGGUUUAUGACUGUAACAUGGAAGCUCUUGCAAACAGUAUUUAUACGAUUACAAUUUCUAGUGUUGGCAAGGACGGCUCGAUACCUUCUUAUGCUAUACCCUGUGCCACUACCUUGGCUUCUACAUAUGGAGAGUUUAAUACACUCAGAGGUCCAAAGACUUUGGAAACUACAAGUCACGAUGGCAUGUGCGAUUACUUUAAAGGAACUUCAGCAUCAACAACUUUAGCGUCUGGAAUAAUUGCUUUAACCUUACAAGCAAAUCCCGAGCUGACUUGGAGAGAUAUUCAACACAUAAUUGUACUAUCUUCUUCUCACGAAAGACUUGAACAUACCGGAAGAGUCGGAAGACUAAUGAAAAAUGCUGCCGGGCUACAGUAUACUUCUUUCUUUGGAUUUGGAUUGAUGAAUGCUACGGCUAUGGCAUUGUUGGCUGAAAAAUGGUCGACUGUACCACUUCAAAUACAAACUACAGUAUACGAAACAAAAAGAGAAAAUCGGCUACUCCAUCAAGAUGCGAUAGCUGUAACAGCUCAAGUCGGACCAUGUGAAAAGAGUGAACAAUGUGUGAAUUUCUUGGAGCAUGUACAAGUAGAGCUGAAAUAUGAUAAACAGUUUGAAGCUUUGUUGGACAUAUUGCUUUGUUCGCCGUCGAAUUCCUGCUCACUUUUACUAAACAAGAAAGCCUAUGACGGGAAACAUGAUUACAAAACUAACUCAUAUCAUGGUAAACGAUACUGGAAUUACACAUCAGUACACUUUUGGGGAGAAAAUCCUACUGGACAUUGGGUUCUGAUUGUUCAUAAGAGCAAUCAUCUUGAUUAUGAAUUGUUAAAACUGCAAAGAGUUGCAUUAACGUUAUAUGGAACAUCACACAACCCCUCAGAGAGAUUUUAUAACGUGCAUUAUGAUGAGAAUAAUAACUUGAAAGAGCAGGAAUUUUUUAAUCUAACUGAGUGGUAUAGCAGGUUUAAACAUUAUGUGAUAAAUGAUCUUUCAGAGAAUUCUAGAGAAAACACUCAAGAUUAUAUGAAAGAGUCGAGCCAAGGAUUUAUCAGCUAUAAAGUGCUUUUAAUUUUCAUCGUCGCUCCUUUCAUUAUAAUAUCAACUAUUCUAGCUGGCUGCUAUUUAAAUGAAUUCAAGGUAGCUGGGACGUAGUACGUACGGAACCUUUCUUGAUAUUCUCCCGUACAAAUAGGGUUGUGCUUCUAGUUCGGCAUUUAUCCAUGCCUCAAUUAUUACACUGAUAUUUUUGCUCAAGUAUUUAUUUGAUAUUAGCCAUCUUGCCAUGUAUGUAUUAAUUGAUUCCAUGUUAUAUUGAUGUAAAUGUAAUGCUCAUGGAUCAUUGGUGAUUUAUUGAAAUAAUAAUAUGUUGAUUUUGAUGCCAUUUUUUAUAUUGUUUUAUUUUUGUCUUUUUCUGCCAUACCUCGGAUAAUUAUAAUUAUAUACAUGUAUCAUCAUUAUUUGUCGUAUACUUUUGCGUUUCCAAAUUACGGGUCACAAUGAUGUUCUGUAUUUAGAGUAACCUUUUCAAAUAAUAUUGAUUCUUUGAUACCAGUAUCAUAGGCGCUUAUGUUCUAUAUUUUGUAUUAAUCAGUAUCAUAAAAUCAUGCCUAUUAAAAGUGAUAAUAUUAUAUUGCUAAAGAUAUAUCAUGCUCAAAUUUGAAGACGUUGAAAAUUGAUACACUGUCUCUUUGUGAUUAAAAGAAAAAUAAAAAUAACGUUUUUUUUAAAGAAAAGGAACAACUUUAUUUACUUGACCCGCAAUAGGGAUUGCAGUUUCCUGUACCUAGUGUUUACAUAGUGUUUAUUAUCCCCCGCCGAAAAGGCGGCGGGGGAUAUAGUAAUAGUCUCUGUCCGUCCGUCCGUCCGUCCAUCCGUCCGUCCGCACUCACAGGAGAGUAAUUAUGUGGCUAGAGGGACAAUAGGUAACUGUUCUUUCUCUUUGAUGUCAUUCAUUCCGUAAUGCUUUUAUGUGGCUAUUUUCUUUUACGUGGCUAAAAAGAACAAUAGAGAGAACAAUAGAGUAGCCACAUAAUUACUGUCCUGUGAGAACGUCCGUCCGUCCUUCCGUCCGACAUUUUUGUCCGGAGCAUAUGUCAAAAGUAUUUGAGUUAUCAACUUGAAACUUCAUAGGUGGAUAGACCUCAUUGAGGAGGAGUGCAGUGCACAAGAAUGAUAACUCUACCCUGCAUAAUUUUUGAGUUAUUGCCCUUUGUUAUUUUUCAAAAUCAAUUUUUGUCCAGAGCAUAACUUAAAAAGCCUAUGAGAUAUCAACAUGAAACUUCAUAGGUACAUAGAUCUCACUCAGGAGGUGUGCAGUGCACAAGAAUGAUAACUCUACCUUUCAUAAUUUUUGAAUUAAUGCCCUUUGUUAUUUUUCAUACUUAAUUUUUCACCUGAGUGGAGCAUAACUCAAAAAGUGUUUGAGAUAUCAACAUGAAAUGUCAUAGGUGGAUAGAUCUUAUUGAGGAGCAAUACUGUGCGGAAGAAUGAUAACUCUUCCCUAUACAAUUUUUGAGUUAUUACCCUUUGUUCUUUUUCAUGCUAUUUUGUCCGGAGCUUAUCUCAAAAAGUAUUUGAGGUAUCAACUUGAAACUUUAUAGCUGGAUGGAUCUUAUUGAGGAGGAGUGCAGUGCACAGCAAGAAUGAUAACUCUACCCUGCAUAAUUGUUUAGUUAUUGCCCUUUGUUAUUUUUCAAAAUUAAUUUUUGUCCAGAGCAUAACUCAAAAGGCCUUUGAGAUAUCAACAUGAAACUUCAUAGGUGCAUAGAUCUAACUCAGGAGGUGUGCAGUGCACAAGAAUGAUAACUCUACCUUUUAUAAUUUUUGAGUUAUUGCCCUUUGUUAUUUUUCAUACUUAAUUUUUCAAUACAAUUUUUUCUCAAAAUUAUUUGAGGUAUCAACUUGAAACUUCCAAGAUGGAUAGAUUUUACUGAGGAGGGAUGCAGCACACAAGAAUGAUAACCUACCCUGCAUUAUUUUUCAGUUAUUGCCCUUUGUUAUUUUCAACCAUCAGUAUUCACAUAGGUUUCAAAUCUGUAAUCACUAUAGCCAUCAGUUUUCAUUACCAAAAGACCUCUUAAAAUGGAAUUAUUCUGCUCUACUACAUAAACAUUCUUCCAAUGAGCAAACACAUUCGGCGGGGAUGGCCAUGUUGAUAUGGCUCUUGUUUACAUUGUUAAAAUCAAUUUAGGUAUAUUAAGUAAACAUUUCAUUAAUUUCGAUAAAUUUCUGCGAUAAAACUAUUUUCUCAAAGAUUAGCAUAGUAUAUCUUUAAUUUAAGCUAUUUAUUAAAACCGUGUAAACAUCUACAUUUAUGAGAAGUAUUUUGUAACGAUGAAGAAUGUAUUCCUCGAGUCCUUAUGUGCCAGUGUAUUUUGUCUAUUUUGAUUCUUCUAUCUGUUUGAUUUGUAAACUCUUUCGAAUUUAUUAUUAAGCCUUUGUAUUAGAUUGAAAUACUUUCAGAAUUAAAUGUAUUUAUAUUUUU